GUUUAAAGCUUGAAACUGAAUUAUUGGAUGGAAAAACCAAGCUAAUAUUGUCUCCAUAUGAACGUAAAUCAAAAAUUUCUGUGAAGAUGGGAAAUAAGACCAAGACUGGAAAAUGUCCUUUUAGAACAAAGCAAACCGGAUACAUUUUAAAAUCAACACAAAAUACUUGUAUCAGGAAUGAGAAACUUUUGCAAAAGAAGAGAAUUGGUUCAGAAACUUCACUGGAAAAGGCUGAAAAAAAUAGUAUGGCUUUUUCACUCACUAAGGAUUUCUGCGAGGAGUAUGCUGAUAAAGACUGUCUUCAUAUGCAGAAAGAGAUUUCUCCUGCAACUCUUAAUGUACAGAAGACUAGAAACACCAUAAAUACAUCUGUAGUAGCUAAACAGAAGCCUUGCAAAAAACACAUCACAAGUGAAAAUAUGAAGAGUAGUUUGGUGUGUCUAACACAAGACCAAUUACAACAGAUUUUGAUGACUGUAAACCAAGGAAAUAAAUCUUUUUUGCUGACUGAAAAUGGAAAGGAAGAGGAAACAAGUCAGUACAGUCUACAUUUAAACAGUAAUCCUAAUCAGUCAAAGGAUGAGAACAUUACGGGACUACUACAAAAAACUGAGGCUGUUUCAUAUGUCCAGGAUGAAAAUAAACCUCUUUUAAAUAAAAAUCAGGAGACAUCUAAGCAGUCUGAGCAGAAAAUUCACAUAGAGAAUGUAUGGAAACCAGCUGACAUAUUCAGUACUCUGGGCGAAAGAGAACGUGAUAGAAGUUUGUUGGAAGCUAAAAAAGCCCAGUGGAGGAAAGAGCUUGAUGAACAGGUUGCUUUAAAAAGGAAAGAAAAAGAAGCUCCUGAGAAAUGGAAUAAUCCUUGGAAAAAAUCUGAAAGUGAUAAAAUAGUAUGGGAAAAACUUCAAAUUCUUGACCAGUCUAAGACUUUUGCUAGUGUUUCCAGCAUUCUGUCACAGUCUCCCAGUCAGGUAAUAGUGGUCCAGACUGAUGGUCGCUCAUUAUCUAGAGCUGGUCAGAUUUUAGAGGGUGAGGAACAUGACAGAUGGGCAAUGCAUUUUGACUCAUUAAAAAGAUAUCCUGGGUCUCAGUCUCAACUGUCCUCUCGGUCAUCACACAAACAACCAGAGUACUUCUGUGUCUCUCCGGACACUCAGGAGCUGGCUGAUAUCAGCAGUGUUUAUACACCUACAACUGGAAGCCAGGUUGAACCUUCAGAAGAGGAGCAUAUAGCAAAACCUGUUAGAGGCAUGGCAACGGCAAACAGUCAAAAAACAAACUUUCUUCGUUCUAUGACUGCUCUCUUGGACCCAGCUCAGAUUGAGGAACGAGACAGGCGGCGACAAAAACAGUUAGAACAUCAGAAAGCCAUCACUGCUCAGGUGGAAGAAAAGCGUAGGAAGAAGCAGCUGCAAGAAGAGCAGAGAAAGAAGGAAGAACAAGAAGAGGAGCUUCGUUUAGCACAGGAACGAGAAGAGAUGCAGAAACAGUAUGAAGAAGACAUACUUAAGCAAAAACGAAAGGAAGAAAUUAUAACUCUCAAGACAAAUGAGCUGUUCCAGGCGAUGCAGAGAGCACAGGAGCUGGCACAGAGACUAAAACAAGAACAGAGAAUUCGAGAACUGGCUCAAAAGGGACAUGACACUUCUAGAUUGAUUAAAAAUCUUGGCGUUGAUUCAGUAAAAGUAGAAUUUAAUGAAUCUGCUAACAACAUUUCAAAUUCAGAACAACGUUUGGAUAAAGUCAGUGAUAAAGUGAAUACAUGUGUCAGUUCUAUGAACUCUUCUAAGAAGGACACUGGUGUGCAAACAGACGACUUAAAUACUGAAAUAUUCACCAUUGCAGAAUCACACUGUGGAUCAGUAAUAGAGAGGGAAAUUAUAAAUUGUUCAUCUCCCGAGAUACCUGCAGAACUUAAUGAACAGUUUAACACCAAGAAAAACAAACAAGAACUAAGAAGCCAGGAUAAAGGAUCCAACUUAGAAAAAGAAAACAGUUGGUAUAAUGACCAGUGUAAUCAGUUCACAAGUACAGAAAAACAAACAAAACAUAGGAAGAAAUGUCCUAAAAGGCCUGUUUGGAAUAUAAAUAAGCCACUCAAAGGGUAUAUUCCAGCAUCAGGAAAGUACCCUAAACAGCUUCAAAUGCAGAGAGAAGAAAAAAAAGUAAGAAGGCAAAUGGAACUGCUUCAUUUGGUAGAAAGAAAUAAUCCUGGAAACCUCUCUCAGAAUAGAGGCACUUCACCAGUUCAUUCAUCUCAUCAGGAAACUGAGUCAAAGUUCAGGUGGCAUCUAGUAAAAAAGGAAGAAGAACCUCUGAAAAUUAAUUCUUUCAGCAAAGAAAGGUCUCAAUCACCACCAGUUCCUGUGGUGAAAAACAGAACACAACAAACUCAGACACUAAAAAAUAGUAAUUAUGAAAGAGAGAAUCUGAUCUCAGGAGGCAAUAAGACAGAAUUAUCACCUAGGAUUUCUGAACCAUCUGAUUUUAUUCCCUAUGUUCGAACCAAUGAGAUCUAUUACCUUGAUCCAGAUGCACCAUUGUCUAGGCCGCUAACCCAGGAUCCUCAGUACCAAAAUCCACAAAACUGUGACCAAGAACAAAGACAACUAUUUGACUACAUCAGGGAUCCACUUCUUAAUCCUAACCUGGUGAAAAACAGGGAUCGACAGCAAGCAAUCCUAAAGGGACUGUCAGAACUGAGACAGGGCCUUCUCCAGAAGCAAAGGGAGUUGGAAACUAAUCUCAUGCCUUUAGCUGCCAAUCAAGAAGAGAAUUUUAGUUCUUCGUUUUAAAUGUAGAAAAAUCAAAUGCUUCACAUUUGUCUUCCAAAUUAUGAAAUGUCCUUGUCACUUAACUGUAUUUUUUACAAUAGUCUAGGUUUAUUUUUUAAAUGCUUUAAAAAUUGUACAUUAUGUAGUAAAAUGCUGUAUAUGUGUAUAUAUAUAACUUUUCAACAAUAAAA